AUGCAUUUUCUCUUUCUUGUUGAAAUCUUACACAUGACUGUUCCAGUCUGUGAGAUCUUUCCUCUUCAGAUGCAUUCUGUCUUUCUUGUUGAAUUAUUACCUAUGACAGUUCCAGUCUGUGAAAUCUUUCCUCUUCAGAUGCAUUCUGUCUUUCUUGUUGAAUUAUUACCCUUUUUGACUGUUCCAGUCUGUGAGAUCUUUCCUCUUCAGAUGCAUUUUCUCUUUCUUGUUGAAAUCUUACACAUGACUGUUCCAGUCUGUGAGAUCUUUCCUCUUCAGAUGCAUUCUGUCUUUCUUGUUGAAUUAUUACCUAUGACAGUUCCAGUCUGUGAAAUCUUUCCUCUUCAGAUGCAUUCUGUCUUUCUUGUUGAAUUAUUACCCUUGACUGUUCCAGUCUGUGAGAUCUUUCCUCUUCAGAUGCAUUUUCUCUUUCUUGUUGAAAUCUUACACAUGACUGUUCCAGUCUGUGAGAUCUUUCCUCUUCAGAUGCAUUCUGUCUUUUUUGUUGAAUUAUUAUGCAGUUCUUUCAGUCUGUGUUCCAAAUCUUUCCUCUUCAGAUGCAUUCUGUCUUUUCUUGUUGAAUUUUUCUUCAGAUGCAUUUUGUCUUUCUUGUUGUUCCAGUCUGUGAAAUCUUUCCUCUUCAGAUGCAUUUUCUCUUUUCUUGUUGAAUUCUUACCCUUGACUGUUCCAGUCUUUCCAGUCUGUGAGAUCUUUCCUCUUCAGAUGCAUUCUGUCUUUCUUGUUGAAUUAUUACCCUUGACUGUUCCAGUCUGUGAAAUCUUUCCUCUUCAGAUGCAUUUUCUCUUUCUUGUUGAAUUCUUACCCUUGACUGUUCCAGUCAGAUCUUUCCUUCAGAUGCAUUUUGUCUUUCUUGUUGAGAUCUUUACCUCUUCCAGAUGUGAUUCUGUCUUUCUUGUUGAAUUAUUACCUAUGACAGUUCCAGUCUGUGAAAUCUUUCCUCUUCAGAUGCAUUCUGUCUUUCUUGUUGAAUUAUUACCCUUGACUGUUCCAGUCUGUGAGAUCUUUCCUCUUCAGAUGCAUUUUCUCUUUCUUGUUGAAAUCUUACACAUGACUGUUCCAGUCUCAUUUCUCUUUCUGUUGAAAAUACAUGACUGUUUUCCUCUUCAGAUGCAUUCUGUCUUUCUUGUUGAAUUAUUACACAUGACUGUUCCAGUCUUUGACUGUUCCAGUCUUCUUGUUGAAGAUCUUUCCUUUCUUCAGAUGCAUUUUCUCUUUCUUGUUGAAUUUUUACACAUGACUGUUCCAGUCUGUGAAAUCUUUCCUCUUCAGAUGCAUUCUGUCUUUCUUGUUGAAUUAUUACCUAUGACAGUUCCAGUCUGUGAGAUCUUUCCUCUUCAGAUGCAUUCUGUCUUUCUUGUUGAAUUAUUACUGUUGACAGAAAUCUUUCCUUCAGAUGCAUUCUGUCUUUCUUGUUUUCAGUCUUUCCAGUCUGUUCAGAAGUCUUUCUUUCUUCUUCAGAUGCAUUCUGUCUUUCUUGUUGAAUUAUUCCAGUCUGUGACAUCUUUUCUUCAGAUGCAAUGCAUUCUGUCUUUUCUUGUUGAAUUAUUACCAGUUCCAGUCUGUGAAAUCUUUCCUCUUCAGAUGCAUUCUUCUUUCUUGUUGAAUUAUUCUGUGACAGUUCCAAUGCAUCCUGUCUUUCUUGUUGAAUUAUUACCUAUGACAGUUCCAGUCUGUGAAAUCUUUCCUCUUCAGAUGCAUUCUGUCUUUCUUGUUGAAUUAUUAUCUAUGACAGUUCCAGUCUGUGAAAUCUUUUCCUCUCAGAUGCAUUCUGUCUUUCUUGUUGAAUUAUUAUCUAUGACAGUUCAGUCUAUGCAUUCUGUCUUUCUUGUUGAAUUAUUAUCUAUGACAGUUCCAGUCUGUGAAAUCUUUCCUCUUCAGAUGCAUUCUGUCUUUUCUUGUCUUGUUGAUAGUUCCAGUCUUAAUCUUUCUCUUCAGAUGACUGUUCCAGUCUGUUCAGAGAUCUUUCCUCUUCAGAUGCAUUCUGUCUUUCUUGUUGAAUUAUUACCUAUGACAGUUCCAGUCUGUGAGAUCUUUCCUCUUCAGAUGCAUUCUGUCUUUCUUGUUGAAUUAUUACCCUUGACUGUUCCAAUCUGUGAAAUCUUUCCUCUUCAGAUGCAUUUUCUCUUUCUUGUUCAGAAAUAUUUGUCUUUCUUGUUGAAUUAUUACCUAUGA